CUCCGUACUUGUCAUGACAUGAACUUGAAUAUUCAAAAUCCAAUACAAGAUCAAAAUAUGGAUGCAAAUUUUAGCGCUGAUUCAGAAAACUUUGAAGAGGAGAAUUUUGCACAAAAUCGCAGGAGAAGUGCAAAUACUAACAAUGAAGAGAAUGAUGAUUCUGCAGAAUCAGAUAAUCAUCGAGUGCAAAGUGAUGAUGCAAUACUAAAUGAAUCUCGACAAGAAGCUGAUAAUUCUCAAAGGAAGAAAAAUCCACCUCGUGGUAGUAAUAAGUGUCUAAAGUUGAAUAAUUUGUCACAUGGGGAGAAAAAAAUCAUUACUUUUUAUCAGAAUAGAGCUAUUGAACCAGAAUUUUCACGAUAUCUUGGAAUUAUUAUUUGA